AUGAGAGGAAAGUUUAUAUUUUUUUCUUCUAUUUUUUUAUUUUUAUCACAUACUAUAUCGUCUGAAGAAGGAGUAGAUUUCAAUGCACCAAUAAAUAGUGAAGAAGAUGAAGUAUUAAAAAACAUUUUAAAAAGAUUAGAUGAUUAUUUAAAAAAUGAUGCCUCUACACAAGACAAUAUAGAAUUAAAAAAUAAUGAAAAUUUACAAAACUCAGAAAAUUCAGAUUCUGGAGAAAAUAAUGAAGUAAAUGGAGAAAAUGAAGAAAAUAAUGAAGAAGUAAUUGAAGAAAACAAUAAGAAAGUAAAUGGAGAAAAUGAAGAAGAAUUAAAUGCAGAAAAUAAUGAAGAAGUAAUUGAAGAAAACAAUAAGAAAGUAAAUGGAGAAAAUGAGAAAUUCACUGGCCAAACUGCACAAGAAUUUGUAGAAGAGACAGAAGAAGCUACAGAAGAUGAAAAAAAACCUUUAGAGGGAAAUGAAGAAGAAUUAAAUGAAGAAAAUAAUAAGAAAGUAAAUGGAGAAAAUGAAGAAGAAUUAAAUGCAGAAAAUAAUGAAGAAGUAAUUGAAGAAAACAAUAAGAAAGUAAAUGGAGAAAAUGAGAAAUUCACUGGCCAAACUGCACAAGAAUUUGUAGAAGAGACAGAAGAAGCUACAGAAGAUGAAAAAAAACCUUUAGAGGGAAAUGAAGAAGAAUUAAAUGAAGAAAAUAAUAAGGAAGUAAAUGGAGAAAAUGAAGAAGAAUUAAAUGCAGAAAAUAAGGAAGUAGAUGGAAAAAAUAAAAAAGAAUUAAAUGAAGAAAGUAAUGAAGAAGUAAUUGAAAAAAGUGAGAAAUUCACUGGACAAACUGCACAAGAAUUUGUAGAAAAAGAGGCAGAAGAAGCUACAGAAGAUGAAAAGAAACCUUUAGAGGGAAAUGAAGAAGAAUCACGAGAAGAAAUUGUAGAGAACAUUUUAGUAAAUAAACCUGAAAAAAAUUCAGAUGAAGGGAAUAAAUUAAGGGGGGAGAAUGAUGAAGAAUUAAAACAGGAUAUUGAUGAAACUCAAAACAGUAGAAACACGAAUUUAAAGGACAAUGAAAAUGAAUUAGGUGAUGAUGGAGUAUUUAUAGGGCAAACUGCAGAUGAAGCCUUAGAAAAUGUUACAAAUACUGUAAGAGCUCAAGAUUCAAGUUCCUCACAUAGCCAUGUAAGCUCAUCAGUUCCAGGAGUAGGAGGAGUUCCAGGAGUUGCAGGAGUUCCAGGCGUUCCAGGAGUUCCAGGAGUUCCAGGAGUUCCAGGAGUUCCAGGACCCCAAGGAACCCAAGAAACCACAACAGGUGCAAGCACAACAAAUAACACAUUAGAUACUCUUUAUGAUGAUGUUCUUAAACGUUUAAAGAUCGAACAUAAUAAUUCUCCUUAUAGUGAUGGAUAUAAUAAUUUUAAAAAUGAAUUUAAAUUACAUAACUUGAGUAAAAAAGAACAUGAUAUGAUUAAGGAAAUUAUUGAUGAGUUUGCCAAAAAAUACACAAACCAAGAUGAUAUAAAUAAAAUCGCUGAUUUAUUUAGAUCAGCAUUUACUGAUAAGGGUCUUGCUGAAGAGUUAAAGGCCUUAAUCUAUAGUAUAUAUGGGUAUGCUAAACGUCAUAAUUACUUAAGAUCUGUUCAAUCAAAGAAAGAAACAUACAGUGUCAUGGUACAAAAUGCAGUUGAAUUACUAGGAGCUAUGUUAAUUGAUAAAAUAAAAUAA